AGACUUUUAAAGCAAAAGUAUGUGUGUGUGCCUUUAUGCGCGCGUCUGUCUGUUUGCCUGUCUGUGCUCUUUCUUUAUUUCUCCCUUUCCUCUCCCUCUCCAAGUCUCUCUGUAUCUGUUUCUCUCUCUUAAUCCACAGCCUCCUCCUUCCCCUCCCUCCUCCCCUCCUCUCCUACCCUCCCUUAUCCCUCGCUUCAACUCGGCUCUAGGCUUUCUUUCUCCCAGCACAUGUUCCUAGGGCGCCACCUCUUUGCGAGUCGCUCACUUCUUCAGCAGGUUUUGACUCCAGAGCGUGUGAACAUUCCAGCCCCAGCUCAGUUUCUAACCCUGCUCUAACCUGCACAAGCAAAGCAUGCUUUCCAGCCUGUAGAGCGGACCCGUCGUUGUACCUCCCGCUGCUACCAUUGCCACUGCCACCGCCACUGCCUCCACUGCCUCUGCUGCUGCCUCUGCUGCUUUUUAAAAAGAUCCCUCUGCAACCUGGCUCCCUAGAUAAAAAACGACGACAUACGCCUUUUUCAAAAGUGUGUGUGGAAUCAACUUUCUGUCUGAACACUGCAUCCAAGGAGGUUCCGAGACCACAAAGAUACAAUGUUCAGGAAAUUGUUUCAGCAGUGGAGCUUUGCAGUGUUUCUGCUGAGUUAUUCUGUUCCGGCUUGUGGGAGAUCAGUGGAGGGGCUCAGCCGCCGACUCAAAAGAGCUGUAUCAGAACAUCAGUUUCUCCAUGACAAAGGGAAAGUUAUUCAAGAUCUACGACGAAGAAUUUUUCUUCAAAAUUUGAUUGAAGGUAUUAACACAGCUGAAAUACGAGCUACCUUAGAGGUUUCUCCUAAUCCCAAACCUGCUACCAAUACAAAGAACUACCCUGUCCGCUUUGGAAGUGAAGAUGAAGGGAGAUAUCUACUAACUCAGGAAACCAACAAGGCACAGACAUAUAAAGAGCAGCCACUGAGGACAUCUAACAAGAAAAAGAAAGGCAAACCUGGGAAACGCAAGGAACAGGAAAAGAAAAAACGGCGAACUCGAUCAACUUGGUUAAACUCUGGAGUAGCUGGUAGUGGGAUUGAAGGGAUUCACCUAUCAGACAUCUCUGGGACUACGCUGGAUCUCAACUUACGUACAGAAAACCUAUGGGGUUUGAAAGACAGAUGAAAACAACACAAGAACACAUGAGCUGCAACCAAUGAUUUCUUAUCAUUCAAUACUCUUCUCCAUCUCACCAAUCUUUUCCCAAUUCUCUGGCAUACAAAAUGAUUUGUUUAUAGGCAAUUCUGAGCCUGAUAAUCAGCAUCACUUCCUGAAUUAGUUGACUAAAAUUUAGUUUGUAAAUUAUAUCAAGUGCCAAGUUAUUUGAUGUCAUUAGGAUAUCUAAAACAAUAAGUGAUAACAUCACUGAAAACUGCUUGGAUUCUAUGAAUGACUUAGCACAGAUACUGCUUCUGUAAAUUACAGUAAGGCCUAUAUAUCUUAGAUAAUUUGCUGAUAAUUAGUAAAUAUCUUCAACAUGUUUUAAGAUAUAUUCCUACAUGUACAUAUGCAUGAAAGUAAGUAAUGAAAACUAGUAAAAUUAAUUAUUAGAUUCCAUUUCUAUUUGAUUACUGCUACAUAUGCUAGAGGUCUGAAGAAGAUAACAUAAAUACUUUAUUAUGGAUUUUAUUGGCUUUAUUAUGGAUUUUAUUGGCUGACAGUUUAAGUUUUCAGUGCCCUUGAGUGUAUAGAGAAAUUAUGAAAAUAAACACCAGUUCUUGUAACAAGGGCCCAAAAGAAACCAGAGUAGAUCAAGUAAAAAUCAGACAUCGGCCUGAUGAAAUUAGGUCUCACACCCACACUUGUCUGCCAUGUGAAACUUUGCCCACAGGAUUGGCAGUCAAUCCAGUGCCUAAUAGGCUAAAAAGAAAUAUCUGUUUCUUCUUUCUAUUCUCUUAUUGUUAGAAGCCUCAUGGAACUAAGUUUUUCAGUUAUAGCAGAUAUUUGUAUUCUCUUAAUAUAGUAUUAUAGGCAAAUUAUAGAAGAAAGAAAGUCACUGGUUAAAAAAAAAAAAAAAAAGGAUGGGGCCAUUCAAAAUUUUUAAGCAUAUAGGAUAAUAAGCCAUAUAAAAUUUGUUUGGCUGACAUAUCUCUUAAGUUUAUAUUUAUAUAUCUCUUCAAUUAUAUUUAAGAAAUGUAAAUGUAUUUUAUGUUCUUUUUCAGCACUGAAUUAAGCCAAAUAAAACUUUUCAGAUACAAGUAUGAGACCACCAGGGGGAGAGGGCAUCUAGCCAUUCUUAAUGUCCUGCCUGUCUUAUUCUUUUCCUGGAGAGGGGAAAAAUACAUUAUUAACAAAAUUUUCUGAGAAUGGAAAAAAUAGAAACUGGUAAAAUAGUAAGCUUAGAAUACUUUAUAAUAUCUAUAGAGUUUUUGUCUUUUAAAAAUUAUCCAGAUAGCUUUUUUGUUUCUUUUCAUAUGAUAUGCACAGUAGGAAAUGGAUUGCUUUACUUUCUAAGAAUUACAUCAUGAUCAUGUUUUUGAUCUGACAUCUUACUGAAAUGUCAUAAUUCAGAAAAACAUUGUAAUUAUAACUUUAAAUCAGAUAUCUUCUUAGUAAAUGCCUUAGUAAAUAUUUAUUUGAGAAAGAUAAUAAUAUAUCAGAGUUCCUCAAUAAAUGAGAGGGCUCAGAAGGAUAGUGUGUUUGUAUAUGCAUGUUUGUAAUAAAAUGCACCUGUCCAUUGUACACAUGAAUUAUUUACUUAGAUGUUCCCAUAUUCAGGUGUGUGCAUAUGCUAUAGGUGAAAUCACAAGAGAAGACAAUGAGCAAAUUAACUGAGCAUUUUAAGAAGUAUUUUUAAAUUUUCCUUUGGUUCUUUCAUUUUGAUUUGGAAGGAAUAAUCAACAUAGUCUUAAUUCUUUACUUACUGAUUCUCAAUACAUUUCAUCAACUAGUAGUUAAUAUUGAAGACUUUUCAAAGCAGUGUUGUUUUGAAUGCAAUUGUUUGCCUUUCUCUUCAAACAAAUUGCUGGAUGGUAACUUGUGGGAAAUAUUAUAGAAAGAAUUUUUAUUCAGCAGAAGUUGAACUAGACAGAUUAAAGUCCCUUCCAAUUCUGAGACACUGGGAUUCAGUGAGUAAAUGAGUAAAGUCGGGAAAAUGACUGAAAAAGUAAAUAAUUUUCAGUCAUUUUCCUGACUUUACUCAUAAUAUAUGAGUAUACUGUCUUCUCUGCAUUUUGAAAAAUCCCAGUAUAAUUAGGAAUGCUAGUCCAUAGGUCAUAUUUAAAGAGUCAUGGUAUCAUUGACUUAGAGCUAGAAAAGACUUCAGUAGUUAUCUAUCUCCUCUUCUUACAAAGAAGCAAACUGCAAUUUAGAGAAAUGAGUUAUUUGCCCAAGAUCACAGAGGUAGUAAGUGACCAAGUUGGGAUUCAUAAUAAAACUUCUCUAAAUGUCUAGUAUGCCUUUUGCUUCAUACAACAAAUAAAACCCCUAAAUUGUCAAGAAUUUGUUCUUUUUAUGUGUCUCACACUCAUAUCUACCAUGUGAAACUUUGCCCACAAAUACCAAGUGUUAACUUAAUAAAAGUAAUAAAAGAACACAUGAGGAAGUAAAAUGCUGCUGUUUUUUAAAAGUCAAUUCACUUUAUCCCCUAAAUUUCAAUAUGUUUUCUUUCAUUUCUAAAUUAAUAUUCAUUGGCUAGGAGAAAUAAGCAGAGAAAUGUCUCAAUUUCAGUUUUGUUUUGUUUUGUUUUGUUUGCUUUAAAGUUGCAAUCAUUUAUGGUUUUCUAAAACUAUAGUAAGAUUAUUAGUAUUUAUAAGUACUGCUGAAGAUAAAUCUUUUGUCUGUCCCCCAAAUCAUAAAUGAAGAAUACUGUAUUUAAAUAUGAUUCACAUAUGUAACACAAUAUAAAAUUGAAUUCAUAUAUCAAUUAAUGUCAAAAAUUUUCAUUCUCGCCUAAGCGAGAAGUUUUCAAAAUGGAUUCAAAAUGACAAAAUGGUAGGCCAAAUGAGACAGCAUCAAGAGGAAAACUGAGCAAAAACAGUCAAUAUCUAGGUUAUGCAAUUAUAGAAAUCACAGAGGAUCUGCCUAAAGCUUUGUGUAAAGGCAGGGAGUAUAGAUGAGAUAUUUUACACUUCUACAUCAUUUUCAAGUUCAUUUUUUUCUCUCUCUCUCUACCAUGCUUAGAAGGUCUCUGUAAGUUUUCUUUUCUGACAGCUUUAGCAGAAAUACUUUUCCUUCUGAUAAUUUUGUUUUAAUACAGAUAGCAGUUUCAGUUUCACAGGCUUAGUGAUUUGAAAGUGGUUAUCUACAAACUUUCCUAUUGCUUUGUCUGUCCUCAAAUCAUGUGUCCAAAGAAAUUCUAAAGGGAUAUUUGGGCUCUACUUUACUCAUUGCUAUUCCUUAACUCCUUUGGAGGAAAUAUUUAAGAGUUAACAUGUCUUUUUUACUUUGUUAUGUUAUGUUCUUUAAUUUUACGCUUUUCAUGUUUCACCAUUUCAUAUGUAAAGAGAAUUAAUCGAUUUCUCUCUUUUUUCCCCCUUUUUUCUUUGCAGGAGGCAUUGAAAUUUUCAUCUGAGGACUUCAGAAAACAUAUUGCAGUAUUCUGUAAUAGUAAACAUAUGGAAAGUAUUAGAAAUAUUUAUUGUCUGUAAAUAAUGUAAAUGCAUUGGAAUAAAACGGUGCCCCUUCUCUAUUGCUCAAUGAAUUGGCACAUUGGUCAUUGUGAAUUUUCUUUUUUCCCUCCAGGCUAAGCCAAUUAUUAUCCCAUUUUAUCAUAAUUUAUUUUUUGAAUGAUGUAUUUAUUUUGUAAAUGUAUCUUGGUGCUGCUGACUUAAUUUUUUUGUAACAUAAUGCACUUUAGAUAUACAUAUCAAUUAUGUGGAUAACUGACACAAGUAAGUGUUGCUAUUUGUGGUUCAUUUUAAUGAAUGCCUAAGUAUAAUUGUUCAAACUGCUUUUCCUCUCUGCAUGUAAAAAUAGCAGUAUUUUGAAUUUGUAAAGAAAGUCUAAUAAAAUAUAAUCUACUUA